CGUGAGGGGAAGGAGACGGUGGCGGCGGCUGUGGUGAUGGUGGAGAAGGAGGAGGGAGGCCCCGGCGGCAUCAGCGAGGAGGAGGCGGCUCAAUAUGACCGCCAGAUCCGGCUCUGGGGGCUGGAGGCCCAGAAGCGGUUACGAGCAUCCCGGGUGCUGCUGGUGGGGAUGAAGGGGCUGGGAGCCGAGGUGGCCAAGAACCUCAUCCUGGCUGGAGUCAAAGGCUUGACCAUGCUGGACCAUCAGCAGGUCUCCCAAGAGGACACCCGGGCUCAGUUCCUCAUCCCGGGGGGAUCCUUGGGCCGGAAUCGCGCUGAGGCCUCCCUGGAGCGGGCGCAGAACCUCAACCCCAUGGUGGACGUCAAAGCUGAUGCUGGGAAUGUGGAUUCCAAACCCGAGGAAUUCUUCACCCAGUUCGAUGCGGUCUGCCUGACCUGCUGUUCCCGGGAUGUGAUGGUGAAGAUCAACCACAUCUGCCACAAGAACAGCGUCAAGUUCUUCGCCGGGGAUGUCUUUGGUUACCAUGGUUACAUGUUUGCCGACCUGGGGGACCACGAGUUCGUGGAGGAGAAAACCAAAGUCGUGCCCAAAGCCAGCCCGGGUGUGGAGGACGGGCCGGACACCAAGAAAGCCAGAGUGGAUCCUUCCGAGACCACCAUGGUGAAGAAGCGCCUCAUCUUCUGCCCGCUGAAGGAGGCUCUCUCUGUGGAUUGGAGCGGGGAGAAGGCAGCAGCGGCCCUGAAACGCACGGCUCCGGAUUACUUCCUGCUCCAAGUGCUCCUGAAAUUCCGGACGGAUAACGGCCGGGAUCCAUCCCCUCAGAGCUACGCUGAGGACUCGAAGCUGCUGCUCCAGCUCCGCAGCGACGUGUUGGAAGCGCUGGGGGUGAGCGCCGCGGUGCUUCCCGAUGACUUCAUCAGUUACUGCUUCUCCGAGAUGGCUCCGGUCUGCGCCGUGGUCGGAGGCAUCCUGGGCCAGGAGGUGGUCAAGGCCCUGUCCCAGCGUGACCCCCCCCACAACAACUUCUUCUUCUUCGAUGGCAUCAAAGGCAAUGGCACUGUGGAGUGUCUGGGCCCCCCCUGAGCAAUGGGGGGGGUGGGUGAGGGGGUCAACUGGGGGGGGCCCCCC